CGUCGUUCUCGAAUAUUCGUCGCUAGGCAACGGCUUUACGUAUUAUUUUCAUCGCCAUUAACAACUUCGUCACUGAAAUUUUAGUACUUUUGAAUUGUCGAAGGAGAUGUCAAGCGGCUGGACUAAUUAGGAAGUGCGUUUUUAAGGGCAAUUACUUUCCUCGAGGCUUGAGGGAGAAUGGAAUCGGCUGAUCAAGAGCCAUUGGAUGAUGACACACAGGAGACUACCGAGAGGAAGUCCCCGAGGUCGAGAUCAAAUUCAAGCUCCAGUGACAAUUCGAUGAAUCCUUCGCCAUCAGUAUCAAAUUCAUUUCUGUCAAAUUCAACUGUGACUGUCAAUAAAACGAACUGGAAGAGUCCAAAUGCUUUUCUGAAUUACGUUCAAGACUUCCGUCAGAAUUUACGCGAGACAAAUGAAGUGGUUCAACCCUCCAAUGUGAUUCGCCUGGCUGGUCAACAAUGGCGAGCCUUGCCCGAUGAUGAGAGAAAAUUAUACGUUGAUGGUGCGUUGGCAAUCAAACGGACCAAAUCGAAAAAUAUUUCGGAGAGGAAAAAGAGUCGCAAACGAGCGAGGGCAAGGUCUAAAGUCAGGGAGAGGAAAUCGUCGUCUUCACCUCGUAAAAAUUUUAAAAAGAAGGCGAAACGGAAGAAUUAGAACAGAAAUGCGGAAAAAUACUGAUUGGCUUCAGAAAAUUCUGGAAAUUGAUAGUAAAUGCAACUCAUCAGGGGAUCAAACAAAAAAAUAUCACAAAAUCCAAAGUUAGGGGGGAAAAAACGCGCCUAGAUGACAAACAAAACAGUAAAUUACGUAAAAAUCUGCAAUAUAAACUUCAAUUUGAUGAUGUAACGUCUUUUAAAGAGCGAGGUAAAAGAAUGAAAACAGAAUUAAGCAGGAAAAAAACUAAUUGGUGUCGGAAAACUCUAGAAAUGAAGAGUAGAUGCAACAGACUGUUGGUAUUAUGUGAUAAUUACCGUCUGAAGUGCGAC